AUGGGCUGGCGGUUGCGGCACUGGCGGGAGGUGGCGACGCUGCUGCUAGUGGCAGGUGGGCCGGGCGCGUCUCCCUCUCGGCCCACGGCGGCGGCGGGCGCCUUCGACUAUGAGCUGCUCCUCCUGUGGUGGAGCCCGCGGAGCGCCUUCCUGCCCAGUGCUCACGUCUUCGCAGGCGGCGUGGCGGACGCGGCCGACUUCUCGUCCGACUGGCUGCAGCUGCUGCCAGGCGGGCCGCGCUGCGGACUGGGCUCGGUGCAGGGCGAGUGCCCGAGGGCGCCGCUCUUCACCGCCGAGCGCCCGGAGCUGGGCUCGCCGCUGCCGGGAGACGUGGCCUUCCGCCUCUGCGCCAUCCGCGAGGCCUUCGAAGAAGCCGGAGUCCUCUUGGUACUGCCCGGCCCAGUGGCUGAUGCCGCCGCCGCCGCUACCACCGCGGGCCCGGCCCGCCUGCUGCCAGCCGAGCGCCUCCCGCCGUCCUCGGAACUGGCUGAGUGGCGGCUGCGGGUGCAGCGGCAGCCCGGCAGCUUCUUGCAGCUGUGCCGACACCUGAGCUGCGUGCCCAACAUCUGGGCGCUGCGCGAGUGGAGCAACUGGCUGACCCCCGUGGGCCAUGCGGGGCGAGGCGGCCGCCGCUACGACACCACCUUCUACCUCUGCUGCCUCGGGCAGGCUCCGCCGGUCGCCUCGCACGACGACAGGGAGGUGACGGCCUGCCAGGGUAUAUGGGCUACCCAGGAUAAAGGAGAAUUUGCAAAGGAAGACAGCACACAUUUUAUGCAAAGGGAGUUCAAUGAAGAGUCAGAAUCCAAGUGUCUCUGA